AAUUUGAGCUCUUCCAUACCGUUAGGAGCCAAAAUGUUGUUCUUCCUUUUUCCUGACGAUGGCAACAAAUUUACUCUCAGCCAAACCCGAGUGUUUACCCGAAUCUUCAGACCGACCCACCAUCUCAUUCGUAUAACUAAAUUUUCCCCGCGAUUUUUCAUUCUCAUUCCCCAGCUCAAGAUUCAAUCGAAGCUGAGGAAAUCGAUCAAUCGAGCUCAUGGCUAUGGCGCCUGAAAGAUCAAACCCACUGCACAACUUCUCCUUGCCGUAUCUCAAAUGGGGUUCCCAGAGAUUCCUCAAGUGUAUGAAAGUCUCUUCCCACUCCAAUUCCAAUUCGUCUGCGCUUCAUCAUCCUUCUGCUCAACGUGAAUCGAAAUCGUAUCAAUUCCGGGCCAGAACUAUGAAUUCUAGGGCCGCGAACUUCUCCAAGCACCCGAGUCAUUCCAAGCAGAAACCGAUUAGCGCCAGCAGUUCCAUCGAAACCAUGCGAGAGAAGAUCAUGCUCGAUAUCAGGGAAGAAUCGAAGAAACUCAAGUUUUCGAUUCCUGAAGAGGGGGGCGAGGACGAGUCGGCUGCGGCGAGGCCGUGGAAUUUGAGGACGCGCAGAGCGGCGUGUAAGGCUCCUCUGGAAGAGAGGAAUCUGGAAUUGGGAUCAUCAUCGUCGACGAAGGCUCUAAUGGAGAAGGAGAAGAACCGGACUGCGUUAUCUGUGUCUCUGUCGAAGGAGGAGCUGGAAGAGGACUUCGCGGCUCUGGUCGGUAGGCUACCGAGGAGGCCAAAGAAGAGGCCUAGGGUUGUUCAAAAGCAAUUGGACGCACUUUUUCCUGGGCUAUUGCUGACUGAAGUUACUCUAGAUUCAUAUAAAGUUUCUGAUGUUCCUGAAGCUUGAGAGGUUCCAUUUGUUUUCUGUGAAUUAAUUACUUUUUACUUUGGAUAUCAUAAUGCUAGAUGAUUGCCAUUUCUGAAUUGGGUAUACAGGGGAGAUGAAAUCACCAUGCUGUUGUGGUGUUAACAUAUUCUCUGCUUCUGUUACAAUAAUGGCAAAAGCAGGACAUGUAAAUUAUUAGCAAAAUAAAAUUUGAAGUAACUGUAAAUUCUGUUUGCCAAGUUUCUUGGUUGUUCUUCUGUUCACUGUAUAAUUCUUAACUAUCUGAAAUGCAAUGCAAGGCAUAUUGGUUCUUGGCUCCAUAAUGUUCGCUCUCCUUUAUCCCGACGUGGAUGGUUUUUCCAUCUCUGCAAAUCUUUUGUAGGGCAAAGGUAAACUUCACCUCUAUGCAAGGGUUUAGGGGUCAGUUACUUAGCAGUUUUGACAUUUACAAAUCACCUAGAUCUUUGCACUCUAUUUACGGUAAGGAGAGAACUUUUGCUUUCAUCAUAAGCAUCUUUUAUAUUGUAGCUUCAAAAAUCUGGAAUGAAGGGUCAAGUCAUUUUUCUCAAUGGAAGAAAACUAGUUUUCAAGGACGACACAGUACCAGAAUUUCGAGUUCCUAAUAGUUUUUCCAUAUAUGCAUUGCUGUAUGAAACAUACAAUAUAACAAAAAUUGACAAUCUUGAUUUCUGAGGUGUUCUAUUCUCAUUUCUUGCUCGCAUCCUAAUUCAUCAGAAAGUGCAUAUUUCAUUCACUUUCCUCUUUUUCCUUAUUAAUCAUUUAUGGGGUGGGUAGUAAUAGUUGGAAAUUGGAUGGUACACGAUGGUCCAGCCUUGAUAUCGUCUUAGCCAAGUACUUUUACAGAAAACAAGAGCAGAUCAUCGUGUGAUUGAAGAUUGUCUAUAUAUUUGAAGUACUUUUUGUUAGGACAAAGUCCUAGUCCUCUAUAUAUGUAUGUUUAUAUAUCUAAGUUAGAUUGAUAGAAAACAGAUGUGCUGAAGCAUAGUCAUAUUCUCUGCGGCGGAGUUCAUUCCACAAGGAAAUUUUGUAUCCUUGUCACUUGGGAAGGUCUCUAAUAAUAUUAUCAGUACCAUUUUUAAUCAGUUCUUCAGCGAUUUGAGUGAGAACAAGUCUUUGCUAUGAUAAGUUGUUAAUGUCAGUUCAUCACGAGAUCAUUCACUUAGUUGAUGGUUAGUAGCCAGGCUGAUGAAAACUUGAACUUUAUUGUUAAGCUAUUUGCCAAACCUUCUGCAAUCUUUCACCCAUUUGACCGUGACAGCUUCUACUUCAACAUCGAAGUUAUCGGGUUUGACUUGUUUGCCACAAAGCAUCAUCGUCAGAUUCUGGUCUACUCUACAAGCAGAGCAGGGUUUAAAUGGCAAUAUUUACUGUCAAGAAGCCGUUGCUCCUAUAAGAUGAUGGAGCAGCUUUCAGGUGACUCCUCGUUUCCUCCUUAUGGAAGCUCCUUUUGCUUAAGCUAAGCUUAAGGUAGUGAGAUAUCUGAUUCCAAAACGCAUUAGAUCGAUGUAUCUUCUUACAUCGAAGCUAAGCUAGUGAAUAUUGAUUUCAUUGCUUUGAUGCAUUAGUUUAGCCAUAAUGCAUUCAUUUUCGAUGCGAAGUAAAUUAAUGUAACUGCGAAAUCCCAGCUAUAGGAUGUCAACUUCUGGGACGAUGUCGAUGAAGCAGCUAACUUCUGCUCAAUGAAAUAUACAUUGUUGUGUCACAA